ACCCACCGGGUCCUAGUGCCCGCCCGCUCCCCCUCCUUCGCGCCUCCGGGUCCUAGCGCCGGGUCUCCGCCCGCAGCCCACCCUGCCCGCCUCUGCCUCUGCCGGUGCCCAAUACCUGUCCCCACAUGUGCUUGGUUUUCUCUUUCUUCUUGCCUGCUGCCCCCCAGCUCCCGCCCCUCCUGCACCUGCCUCGGGCUUUCCCCAUCCGCAACAGUCCUCUCCACGUGUUUCCCACGCACCCCACUUCCGUGCCCUCCUCCCCGUCCCCCUUGUUCCUUCGCCUUCUGCCCCACGCCUCCUGCUCCUUUUCGGCUUCUGCCUGCCGCCUGGGAUGCUACUGGACCCCUGCCUUCUCCGCAUUCGUUCACCGGUCCGUCCGUCCGUCCAUCCAUCCAUCCAUCCUCCCUUCCUCCCUUCUGUCCAUCCACCCAUGCCUCCAACCCACCGUCCUUUCUGGGCCUCUUGCCCUACCUCUUGGCUCUCUUCCCUGAACCCCACCUUCUCCAGGCCCCUGGGUGCCUUUGGUGAUCGCGCUGGCAGCCCCCUUCUCCUGAUCUUUGUGUCCUGGGCCCCAGGGAGCGCCUGGCCUCGUGGCCUUUGAGGUGACAGCAGGCAUCACGCCCCUGAAGAAGUUUGCAAGUAAGAAGAGGCGGUGGAGGAGGGCCUCUCCGUGCGGCCUCUGAUGACACUUGUUCUCCUCUGAGACCGGACUCCCUGCUCAGUUCUGUCCAGCCCUGCAUUUUCACCCACUUGAGAGUGGGGGCUGCCCAUCUCCCACAUGCCUAACCCACCACCCCUCAUAUCCGGAGAUUAUAUAAGACUGUCAGCGGUCUUCUCCACCUCGAAAGGGGCAAAUUUGUCAGUAGGCAUCGGAAGCAGACCUAUGCGGAAGCCCUGGCCACCGGGACUGCCCCAUGCUGGGUGGGCAAGGAUGGGGCCAUUGUCAGGGUCUGGGUGCAUUGAGAACCGGAAAUGGAAUCAGCCGGUUUGGUGACUCAGAAUUGAUUUUUUUUUUUUUCCAAGGGACAGGGAGGGGGCGUAGAGGAGGGAGGGGAGAGGAGUCAGGUAGGGGGAUGGGGCAGGAGCUGCUUUGCACAACUAAGAUCCACCCAGAAAGUGAGAGGUACAAGGGCAACCCCUUGCCCAAAACCCCCUAAAUAGGGAAGGGGCUCACAUCACCGACCAAGGGGACUUGGAAGAUGCCAGAGGCCCCAAGACAUCAGCUUCUCUGCUCUGUGGUCAUCCUACCCUUGCAGGACCUGAGAAGCUGGGUGUAGCUUUGACAAUGCCAUGGUAACCCAGGUGGAACAAGAUUGAGUUCGUGGGGAUGGGGACCUGGGAGAGCUUCUGUUAGGGAUGCCAUGGAGUAGCAGAAAGGACCCGGGGAUCUACAGGAAAAUAUGUUCAGGACUAUUUCCCAUUUAAGUGGGGAAAAUAUUGACUCACAGUCAUUCAAGCAGUUGGCCGUGGGACCCGGAACCUCACCUUGGAGGCUAUAGGAAAGGUGUCUGGAUCCCUCCUAACGGCACCAGUUCCUUCCGGAAGUAGCAGGUGGAGGAAGCAGGAGCCACUGCAGGCUCCCCAAGUGGUGCUGAGCAUCAGGAUCUCGUCAGGGAGUGUGGGCUUCCUCCUGCCCCGCUGCAGGCCCUGGGCAGGUAGGAGAUAGAUGGGGCUUCUGGGAAGGAGGUGGUCCUUCUGAGCUGUGUUUCUCCUCCAGGGGCUGAGCUGGAGGAGACUAACAAAAGCACGAAGAAGUUGGAUGCCAUGACCCUCAUUAAAGAAGACAUGUCCAUCUUCGGGCACUGCCCGGCCUACGACGACUUCUAUCUGGUUGUGUGUAACCACUGCAGCCAAGUGGUGAAGCCUCAAGCUUUCCAGAAGCACUGCGAAAGAAGACAUGGGCCCCUCAGCAAGCUUUACGCCCGGGCCCCACCCCCACCUCCAGCCCCUGCCAGCUCUCAGAAAUGCCAUGUAGUGAAUGGGCAGGGCCCCGCUUGUAGGGCCCCAGGUUCCACCAAAACCUCCUCCAGGGAGAAGGGCCAGGGGUCCCGGAGCCGUGGCCACCCACCACCUGAGAAGAGCCAGAAGGACAACCUCUGCCUGUUCGUGCCUGUGGUGAAUCUGGAGAAGAUGUCUGGUCUCCCGAAGCCCGACGGCCCCGGAGUCAGGGUGGCCCCGCCCUCUGCCUUCCUCAGCCAGCCCGGCAGCCUCACCAAGGACUCCCCUGGGAAGCCCCCCAUGGCGCCCCCUCCUAAGGAACUUCCUGGCAGAGAGAGCAUCAAGAUAACCCCCAGCGAGGGCCCCAGUCACCGGGCUGACGGCAGCCCCCCUGAAAAGGAGCCUGGUGGGGCCAGGCUGCCCCCUAAGACCCACCGGAAAAUGGCCCGGAAGGAGUGCGACCUCAACAGGCAGUGUGGGGUAAUAAACCCAGAGACCAAAAAGAUCUGCACCCGGGGAGGACGGCACAAGAUCCACUCGGUGCACCAGCGCCGGGAGGUCCAGGGCCGGGCUAAGGACUUUGACGUGCUGGUGGCAGAGCUGAAGGCGAACUCCCGCAAAGGGGAGUCCCCGAAGGAGAAGAGCCCGGGGCGCAAGGAGCCGGCUCCCGAGCGCCCCUCCCAGGAGCCCCCCUCCUCAGCCCCGGUUGUGGCAGCGGCGGUUGCUCCCAGCAGCACCUUCUCUGCUCGUGCCAAGCAGACCUAUCCCUACUGUGCGCUGCCCAGGUCCCGGGCCUCCUCUGAGAGUGAGUUGGAUGAUGAAGGCCCCUGUGGUGGUGAUGGGGACCCAGGCCUGUUCCCCUUCCCCCUGCCCCGGGGUGGGGCCCAGGCCUCCAGCGAGGAGAGUGAGGAGGAGGGGACAUCUGAUGACCUCCACCUCCCCCCUGACUGCCAUUAUGCCACCCGGCCCCCCAGGCCACAGGCGUUCUGCACCUUUGGGAGCCGGCUAGUGAGUCCAGGGUGCUACGUGUUCAGCCGCAGGCUGGACCGCUUCUGCUCCGCGCUGAGCUCCAUGCUGGAGAGGCACCUCAGCUCACACAUGUGGAAGAAGAUCCCACCGGCAGCGGAGCCUCCAUCCCACCUUGCCAGCUCCCCCCUCCCUGCUCCCCCGAGCCCAGCCUCUAUGGGCAGCUGCCCCCACCUUCCGGGCCCACCCCCCAGACCUGCUUGCCCAGCUUCCACGCCCCCCACCAAGGACAGCCUGGCCCCCAGCUACCCUGCCGGCUCCCCCAGUGUGGCAGCCGCCUGCAGCCAGGCGGAGUGCAUGGGCGGGAGCCAGGCCAUCACCUCGCCACUGCCUGCCAACACGCCCUCGCCGUCCUUCAGCAAGCUCCCGCCUUCCAAGGCCAGCAAGUCGUCCAAAGGCAAGGACGGGGCCGAAGUAGAGGCGCCUUCCCGGAAGCGAAAGUUGUCCCCUGGCCCCACGACUUUCAAACGGACCUGCAUCCUGGAGCCGCCGGGCAAAGGCAAACCCUCCGGCUGCCGGGGCCUCUCGGCCAAGACUAAAACCGCGCUGGGCGUGGGGCUCAACGGGACAGUGGGGCCGAGAGUGAAGCGGGCAGGGCCCCCGGACUGUCGGGGUUCCCCUCAUCAGCCGCCCACACCAGUCAAGGCUUCUCAGCUGGACAGCCAGGGAGCGGCCGGCCACCCAGCCAAGGCCCUGCCAAGCACCUGCCUCUCCGAGGAGGAGGCGGCCAAGAAGCGGAAAAACCUGGCCACGUACUGCCGGCCAGUGAAGGCCAAGCACUGCCCAGCGGGCCCCCCUGCCGACGCGGCCUGCUCCAUGCGCCGCAAGAAGCCGGGGCCCACCCUGGCCUUUGAGGAGAAGUGUUCUGCACUGAAGUCAAAAGCCCAUUAACGAGAAAGUGCCUGCCCACUGCGAUGGAGCCGCCAGCACCUCCUCCCCUCCAGAUCCGGGCCCCAGGCUGCUGCCGCUUUUUAUAACUUUAUAUUAUUUUUUUUAAGAAAAAAAAAAAACCUCUUUAAAAUACCUCAA